AUGGGCCGGCUCUCUUCACUCCUUUUACCACUCUGUUUCUUCUUUGCACUCUCUAAGGCAAACUCUAUAGUUACUAUUCCUGUGACUGAUAUUAUACUUCCGCGGGAACUCGUUGCUCGCGCCAACUCCAGUGGCCAAACGUCGUCCUCUGCGACUUCCAAUGACUUCACAUGCGGUCCGGAUAAGCCAUGUGUCAACGGGGCUUGCUGUGGCAAGGACGGUUGGUGCGGUUACUCGUCUACUUACUGUGGUGAUGGCUGUCAGUCUGACUGUGAUGCCACCGCCGAGUGUGGACAAUACGCCGAUCCUCCGGGAACUACCUGCCCACUGAAUGUUUGCUGCAGUGAGUUCGGUUUCUGCGGAACCACAGAAGAAUUCUGCGCCGAUGGGUGCCAGUCCAACUGUGAUCAACCCAAGCCCUCAGUAGCCAAGACCAAUGUGCAACAGAAAAUCAUUGCAUACUGGGAAGGCUGGAACGAGAACAAGGCAUGUGAGAACAUGACUCCAGAUGAGAUUCCCAUCUACGACAUCAGUCAUCUGAUCUUUGCUUUUGGAUUCAUCACGCCCGGGGACUUCAGCAUCACGAACAUGCCUGAUGUGGGAGCUGAGUUAUUCGAGCAAGUCACCUAUCUGAAGAAUAAGAACCCAUCCCUUACAAUCAUGAUCGCUUUGGGAGGAUGGACACAUAAUGAUCCAGGCAAGUGGCAGCCAGUCUUUGGUGACAUGGUCUCUACGGAGGAGAAUCGCCAAACAUUUAUCAAAAAACUCCUAGGGUUCUUGGCGCAAUACGGCUUUGAUGGUGUUGACUUUGACUGGGAGUAUCCCGGUGCUGACGAUCGUGGUGGCCAUGAUGACGAUGGUGCCAACUACACUCAGUUCUUGAAGGAACUGCGGCAGGCCAUCAGAUCCAGUGGUCGCGACUACGUUGUCACUUUUACGGCCCCGACGUCGUACUGGUACCUCCGCCACUUUGACCUGAGAGCCAUGACCGAGUACGUCAACUGGAUCAAUCUCAUGUCCUAUGACCUGCACGGCACCUGGGAUGCAGAUAACGCCAUCGGCAGUCAAGUAUUGGCGCAUACCAACAUCACUGAGAUUGACUUGGCAUUAGAUCUGUUUUGGCGUAACGACAUAUCUCCAAGUGACAUAGUUCUUGGCCUGGGCUUUUACGGACGUUCCUUCAAACUGGAGAACUCUGCGUGCUAUAAGCCUGGCUGCCCAUUUGUCAGUGGUGGCGACAAGGGCAAGUGUACUGAUACAACAGGGUUCUUGUCCUACAGCGAAAUCAUGAACAUCCUUGAUUCAACUAAUGCCAAGCCGACAUACGAUGAAGCCGCCAAGGUCAACUACAUCAUGUACGGACAAAACAACUGGAUCUCAUAUGACGACGCCAGGACGUUUCAGGAUAAGAUCGACUUCGCGAAUGAGCGAGGAUUGGGUGGCAUCAUGAUCUGGGCCAUAGACCUUGACGAUGCCCAACACACAGCUCUGGGUGCGCUGACUGGGAACGGAGGCCUGGAGGAUGAAGACAGUGAUGAUACCGGGUUCACGAUCACGAACGGAUUUGCCUAUUCGGAUGCAUCCGGUAUCGGACACUCUACUGACGAUGCCUCCAAGUGUCGCAUCACCGACUGCAACGGUUUCUGUACUCAGGCAGAGACUGCUGUCGGGAGAGUAAAGUCGGACAAUGGAAACAACGCAUGUGGCGGAGAAUCCAAAAAAGCCCGUUGGAUCUGCUGUCCUGCCUGGACGAGUCUGACUGCUGAUGACUGCCAUUGGAAUGCUGGAGGCGGCGCCGUCAAGACUGACUGCUCUGGAAAGUGCAAUGUCGGCGAUAUCAACAUGUUCUCAGAUUCAUGGGGUUGGACUGGCGACUUGAAAAAAGGGAGCUACGAUUACAAGUGUCUGAGGGGCAAGAAAGUAUUCUGCUGCAAGGCGGGCAACCUUCAUCAGUAUCUAGAUAUAUGCUCCUGGACAGGUUGCGAAGAGGCCUGCCCCAGCGACAAGCAGAAUGUCCUGACGUGGGAUGCCGGUGGUCCCAUUGGCGGCGACAAUUCGAGAUGCGAUAGCUACUCCAGCGGCGAUAUUUUCACGAACCCUACCCCGGUGGGCGAUUCGUCAGAUCCAAAAGUCGGCACGGUCGGUAAGCGCAAAUUGUGCUGCCCGCAGAAGGACUCAUUCAAGAACUGCGCUUGGAAGGGCAACAAGAUUUGCUCAGAGCUGUGCAGCGACGGCCAAAUAACGCUGGAUCUUGAUCCUCAGGGCCAAGGAGGUUACUACUGUGCCAACGGUCGCCAACAAGUCUUCUGCUGUGACCCCCCAGGACACGCAAAUCAACCUUUCCUUCCGGUAGAUCUCGACCGGAUCUUUCCCCCUGAUUACUUACCGGCCGCAGAUGCUGUUCCCCAAUUCGAGCUGAUCAACUUCAAUGGAGGUAUCGGCUCUGAAGACCCCAAUAUGACCGGUGUUGCCUUUUUCCUGCUAGCGGGAUCCGACACGGCGAUUGCCUCCAUGUCGAAGCGUGGGAACCCCGGCGUUCACUUUCUUGACUGCCCCAAUAACCUGAUGGAUGCAGCUGUGGACAAGACUCAUUCCGCUCGAGUCAUCUGUAUGGAUGUAGAUGUAGCGAGCUGCUUUGCCUUGACCAAGAAUGGUGUCGAGGGAACGAUUGUGCACAUGCCAGACACUUGCGGAAAUGGGUCGUACGCUCGAGCUGUGUCCCUUGAGCCUUCGCAGGACCAGUCUAUCCCAAUUGAGCUGGCAAUGGAAAACCCGACAUCUGCGGUUUACGAUUUCGUAUUUGAUUACAACAUGGCUCUUGUCCGCCGAGAUGCAGGGUCCUACUCCAUCCGCAUGGAUUAUUCUAAUGUGCAUGGCUACUGGGAUGCUGUAGUCGACUCACCUGGGAAGUCCAAGCGUAGCCUGGACGAUCUGAUUGGCCGUUUCUACGCAGACAACCGUGAUGACUGGUUCAGCACCUACGAUGGUCUUGCCUUCGACAAGUCUGCCAGCCUCAGCGACAUUGACAAGACAUCGGUUGACCACCUCGUCUUCUUCGAUGCCCAGAUGUGUACAACUGAUGAGGGCCGUAGCGGACAAGGCAUAGCCAUCGCCAUCAACGGUACACUUGACGUCAAUUUCUACUAUGGUUUCUCGCUUAUCGCUACCUGGGACCCAACUGGGUCUGUUAUAGUGCACCAAUCGGCUGGAUUUUUGCACCCAGUUGGCACGACGACUGCAACCUUCACCGUUGCAGGUAUCGGUACUCUUGACAGCUCCAAGAAGCUCAACGGAGAUUCCAUCACAAAGCUGAGCGGCAAGUCCUCUAUGGGAGGACACAGCCUCUUCCAUGGCUGGGCUUCCUUCUCCCCUUACAGAGAGGAUGGUGUGCAGUUGAAGACUACCAGCGAUAACUCCAGGGAGGUAUCCUUCAAUGGUUAUAUGGAGCUCAAUACCAGAGCCGAUUGGGGCAGCACGACAGUGCACUUCCCGGGCGAUCCGUCAGAUAAUGCCAAAGACUUUACCGCGAGUCGGAACAUCAACUUGACCCCAGUUGGCAAUGAUGCCUCUACGUCCAAGAUUAGCGUCGCCAAUAUUGUGACGCUCGGUAUGGACGUCCAACUGGCGUUUUCAAAGCCGUACCAGUCAGCCGUGGCUGGCACCCUACCUGACAUGUCUGUCACACAGACCCUUACGGCGUUGUACACGCUGGAGGGUAGCGAGACGGAAGUAUGCCUUUCCACAGGCGUAAUACAAACCCAAAGCGUUGGACUAGUCGACGGAGCCUACGUAGGAUGGACCAGUUCAUACAAUCGUCAAUAUCUCACCAAGGCCCGAGAUGUGCUGAAGAGAGAGUGCUUCUUAGGGAUCGAGGCUCGAUCCGCAAAGUCGGAGAUGGACGUCUUAACUGACGUGCAGGGUCUAACCGCGAAGAAAGACAAGCGUCAAAAUCGAUCUGUCCCGGGGGACUUCAGUCACUUUGUAGACUUGCCAGACUUGACGGAUCUGAUCAACAGAGAGGCUUCGAAGUCCGACACGCCAGAAAUCAGCUGCAAUGGCUGCGGUAGUUGUGUGGUUUCUGUGGACUCCGAUGACAACUUUUGCUGCAACUGUGCUUGGCUCCCGCCAGAGGAUGACUCCUUGGCACACACGACCAUCAGCUAUAAGCGGUCUGUAUUCGAGCCCCUCAUGAGAGAUGCACACAUACUUGAAGACAGGACCGCUGAUCGUUUUGGUAUUGGCGAUGGUUCCAAGGAUAUUGCCUUCUGGGAUACAACAGACUUCUGGCUCGGGACUUCGAUUCAACCCGUCACGGUAGUGUCAGAGAUAUACCCGGCAUUUCCGAAUUACUUCAUGAACCCCAACACGAACCAAGACUGGGACAGCUCUCCCAAAGCAUCUAGUGUCAAGAAAUAUUUUCAUAACUCCAGUGCCGUUUGUACCUCAUUUGACGUGGCGCAAUCGAACACCUACGGGACGAUCUAUCCCUGGCCCAAGAAAGGAUACCAUGGGUACACGUACAGACGUGGACAGGCGUACCAUAUGGAAUACCAGACAGAGCACGUUUUCGAGGGUCAAACCAUUGCGCGGUUUUUCACCCAAUGGCUGCCAAACCUCACGGACCAGACUCGACGGCGCCAAAAGCUGUGGACAGAGUCCUUCAUCUUGUCGCCAAACUCCUUCUGGGGCGGAAAACCUUUUGUGCACAGACUUGUGGACCAGCUCGGCUCCAAGGACCACCCGGAGCGGCUGACAGUCUUCAUGUCGCGCCCUAAUGGCAUGAAAGGGGCGUUGUUCGGCGGGAGGGUGGCCCUAACUGAGGCGACAUUCCGCGGCUAUGACAAGGGAGGAGAUCAACUGCUCGCGGCCCGACAGCUAGGCAUGAUCUUCACGUACAUGAAUAUCGACACGGUGUGGGAGUCAUUCUGCAGCUCGUACAACGGCAUGCUGGCUGACUUGCAGCAUUUUGAUAAUUGGUACCAAGACCAGACGGGCGCCGACAGCUACCUUGCUGACGAGUGGCCGAGCUUCAUUCGCAGCGAGCUUGACAUGGUGGUCAAACGCGCCCGAGCUGAUCUUCGGAUGAUGAAUCAGGCCAAAGACGCUGCGGGUAUUCGGUUCGCAACAUUUUGGGCAACGGUGAUGAACACAGAGAUCCUCAAAGUCAAGCUGGAAAGAACUGACAAGUGUACCAACCUACCUGCGACCACCCUUGGCCCAACAUAG